AUGGAUCCAUCAAAAUCUCAGAAGUUUGAAAUGGUAUCAACUUCGAAGACUUUUAAGCAUGCAUACGUUCCACCUGGUGCCUUAGCAAGGGGACGAGGGAAAAGCUUCAGAGCUUUUGGUUCUGUAAGAGUUAACGCUGAACAAAGAAGCGAAAUAAGUCCAUAUGAAUAUGAAAAGGCCAAAAAAGUAAGAGUAAGCGUUGAACAGAGAACUUCAAUUAGCAAAAAUAAAAACUAUAAUGCAGUAGCUUCUAAUCAGAAUAAGCUAGCUCAGAAGGAUAGCCUUGGGCCUCCUGGUUUUGAUCCAAUAUUGGAAUGUGAUGCUUUCUUCCCUGAUGAAGAAGCGAUGCAAGGUCCAUAUGAACAUGAAAAGGCCAAAAAAGUAAGAGUAAGCGUUGAACAGAGAACUUCAAUUAGCAAAAAUAAAAACUAUAAUGCAGUAGCUUCUAAUCAGAAUAAGCUAGCUCAGAAGGAUAGCCUUGGGCCUCCUGGUUUUGAUCCAAUAUUGGAAUGUGAUGCUUUCUUCCCUGAUGAAGAAGCGAUGCAG